AUCGAUCACAAGAAAAUAAAAAAGAAAUUCAUUCCCUCAUUUAAAUGGCGAAGAAUAACUGCUCAUCAUCAUCAUCCUUGGGAUACCUCCUUGUCAUUUCGGUGGCUAUGGUGUUUUUUAUCUUAGUUGGGGUGAUGAGUCCUUCAAGUGAUGCUCGUUGUCUGAGUAGUAACUUACAGAUCAGUUGCGCCAAGAACGACGACCCGGGAUCUGUCGAUGCGAUUAAAUGGGAGAUUAUAGAACGUUUUCUUGGAUUAGUUCAUGUUGAGGAGACUUCUGCAAGGUUUCUUAAAAAAUCAAUUGAUGAAUUUUUUGCAAAACAUGGAUUGUCCCUUUCAAGACUAAGAGGUCAAAGUUAUGAUGGAGCUUCAAAUAUGCGCGGUCAAUUUAAUGGGUUGAAAACACUUAUUCUUAAUGAAAACAAGAAUGCAUACUACAUUCAUUGUUUUGCCCACCAGCUUCAGUUAGUUAUUGUUGCAGCUGCACAAGAUAGGGAGAGCGUAUUUGAUUUCUUUGAAAAGCUAUUGAUGAUUGUUAAUACAGUUGGAUCCUCAUGCAAACGCAAGGAUUUUCUCCUUCAAGUACACGAGGAGGAAACUUUACAUCGCAUAGAAAUAGGUGAAUUGUCAACUGGUAGGGGGCAAAAUCAAGCAACAUCUUUAGCUCGACCAGGUGAUACACGUUGGAGCUCUCACUACAAAACUCUUGUUCGUCUUUUUGACAUGUGGAAUGCUAUUGAUUAUAUUCGUGGGCGAUCAAGAAAGAAGAUGGUAGGUGGUGAACCCAUGACAAAUUAUGUGCAUUUUCGUGGAGAGAUCUUUGCAAAGGUCAUUGAUAUUCUUACUGUGGAAAUGGAUAGACACUUUACAGAGACAAAUACAAAUUUAUUAAGAUGUGUAAUGAGCAUUGAUGAUGAAGUCAUUAUGCAGCGCUUUCAAAAAUUGGCAUCUCGGAAAAAUUUUCUACGGCCUCAAACAACUCUUACUCCGUUGCACAAAUAGAAGUCCUCCCUGGCUCCGCCACUGAUACUCGUAUAAAAAGUUGACCCCAUAGAUUAGAUAGUAAAUAAGUAAAGUAAUA